GGUGCCGAUAAAUGUGAAUAAUAAUGAAUUUUUUCAGGUAAACAGAAUGAUCAGGGGCUAUCCAAAUCAGUUGCAAACUAUUGGACGUACUAUCACUUUUCAGAGUCUUGAGAAAAGUGGUCUUGUUAGAGAGGUAACGUCUGUCGAUCAAGAGAAUAAAAAUUCGAGUGAGGACGUGGGUAAUCGCGUUGGUGAUAAGCUCGUAGAGACAGAAAAUAAACAGGCAAGUGAACAACCCAUUGGGAAUUCAAGGCAGAUUGCGCGCAAUCGACUUAAUCAAUUUCAUUACAGAGGAAACAAUAACAACAACAAUAAUAGCAGCGAUAAUAUUAAAAAUAAAUCGCAUAAUUAUCCAAAUGAGUUGAUAAGUUUCUUUGAUAAGGAGAAUUUUGAACAUUGGAAAGAUCGCGAUAAAAAACGAAAAGAUCUCGAUACCCAAAAGGUUGUUUUCCCAGAAAAAUUAAUAUUUAGUAUAUUCCAUGAAACCAAAAUUAAAAAUAAAACUCAUGAUAAGACAUUUGUACCGGUGAUGCCUCCUGAGUGUCAUGGACGGACGUUCUGUGAUUAUGUACCAGAUUACCCAGAAGAUAUUAUCGAAAACUUGAAGGACGAUAUUUUCUUGCAACUAUUUGUAACUGGAGGAGAGCCUACGACAGAAGCCCAACGUAUGCCCGACAAUGAAAAUUUUGACGAAAAAAUAAAUCUUUGCCAUUCAACGGUUGAACUGAACAUUCCAAAAAUAGGAAUGACCUGCGACGGUCAGUACAAAUAUAUUUUACAAGUCAGACAUUUGAAGCAAUGGUUCGAUUCCGAAGUCUGCCUGCAGGAAAAUGAAUCAUGCAAUUACUUUUUUCCCUGGCGACUAGGUGUUUACCCUUCAACUUGUGUGCAGAAGUUUAGUAAGCGUAAAUUUGUCAAUUUAUCACAUAAGGGUGAAGUAGAAGAAAGUUGGUUCAAUGUAAAGUCGAGUUGUAGCUGCCUCUACCACGACAAAUCGCACUAA